GGCGACAGAGGACUAGAAUGCCACAUCCCGUCGCGGCCCAUGCCGACCGGCUGCGUUGCCCGUAACCUCCGAUUGACCUCAUUUUUUUUUCUUCAAUGUAAAUAUUCGGCUCGUUUGCCGCAUAGUCUGUAAGCGGUAUUAGUUCCUCUAUCAAGUUUUACAAUUUUAUUUAUUUUCCUUACGUUUGUUAGUCUCAAAAUUUAAUCGGAAAGUGUUCAGGACUUUUUGUCGUACUUUUAAGUGAAAAAACUUAACGUGUCUGUGAAUAUUUAGAAACUUUGUACAAAGUAAUCGGUUUAGAUGUUGGAUAUAGCUUAUUUGUGAUGUUCUUGGGAUUUUUAGAUAAUUUAGCGUAAGUUCGUGAUUUUUGGAAGAAUAGUGUAAAAUAAUUCCAGAUACUCCACCACUGGACAAUCAUACAACGCAUCUUUUCUUUAAAAGAGUCAGCGGAGCGCCACGGGCAGUUUCACUUCGGAUAGGUGUAUAAAAUCAUAUUAAUGAGCGGGCGAUGCGGCUCGAGUAGCGCGGGGGCCUGCCCGCCGCCCGUCCGGCCAAUCGAGGCCCGUCUAGCGGAUGAUGUCAUCGGAGGAGGAGGCCGACUCACACGCGCCCUACUCGGAUAAGCUCCUAAAGAAACAGAAACGCGUCAGACAGCGCGUGGACGCCGGUGAGCCGCGCAAUUCUUAUUCAACUCUCGCGACGAACGGACCCGCGCCUGCGCGCUCCGCACACAUGAGUGGGGGACUUUACAGCGCCAUCUUCGAGGGUCGCCAACACUUCGGCCUUUUUGGUCCUUGCUACGCGCCAGCUGAAAUGCUCAACGAGCUGCUGGGCCGCGCACCCAAACAGGAGGACAACGGCGAUGAGGCUAACGGUGGUGACGUGCUUCGCGAUCGUGUUCUCAGAGAUAUUCUUCAGAGUCACAAGAAGGAACUCAUGCGACUCUCCCCGGAUAAUAAUAAUGUGCUGGCAAAUAAUAACAACGAUGAGCCUAAGGAUGAAAAGCGGUCACCUGAGCGACCGAUAUCGCGGGACUCGCGACCAGAUCUCGACGACGCGCUCCUGAGACUGGACAACGCUUGUGAUUCUCGCACCUCACCGCCGCCUGCGCCGCAACCUUCAGAACAGCUUCUCGCUCCUAAGUCGGAACCUGAAGACCGCGAUAGUGACGCUCAAAGGUCUUCUCCGCGACCACAGGAUGUGAAACGUGCUCGUGUUGAAAACAUAGUGUCUACAAUGCGUUCUAGCCCUGCGCCUCAGCAACCUCAAGUGAACGGGUGUAAGAAACGAAAGUUAUACCACCCGCAACAACACGACGGUGCGGCAGAGAGGUACGGUGCCAGCCACAGCAGUAGUGUACAGACAGUGUCAGAGGACUCCGAGGAUGAUGGUGAGCGACCUCCGAUACAACAAAAGUUAGUAGAAAAAAAUGCUUUAAAAUCACAAUUAAGAACUAUGCAAGAACAAUUAGCUGAGAUGCAAGAGAAAUAUGUGCAACUUUGUAAUCGCAUGGGCCAAGAGUCAGAGACUAUUGACAAUGACGGUGCAUCUAGUGAUGUAGAACAGAUUGAGGAUACUGUUCCGAAAUCAGAACCUGCAUCACCUGCAAAGGAAGUUCCGCCACCAAUACCUAACAGUGCACCACCAAAUAUGCUCUCUCAGGUCAUGAGCAAGAUGAUCUCUGCUAAGAUCCAAGCCACCCAUCCUCACCUGCCACCUGGUUUCAAUGGGUCACUCCCCCUGUUGCCCCAUCUGCCGCACGGCGAACACAUGCAUCCUCCACACACGCAUCAACACCUCAGCAAUGCAGCCGCAAUGUAUUUAAAUGUUAGCCAAAAAAUAUUUUUAGAACAAGAAGCCCGCAUGAAAGAGGCUAGUGAACACCAACAAAAUAAUCAACAUAGGCCACAAUCUAACCAACACUCGCCCCAACAAAGGCAAAUGGGGCAAACGCCUAAACCGCCCCUACCUUCAGAGCUAGCGGAACGACUAGAUGCAUUACGAAGCAACGCGGGGUCAGUCGGCUCUAUCACAGGGGCAGAUCUAGAAAGCCUCGCUGAAGUUCUGAAAAGUGAAAUCACAGCGUCUUUGGCGAGUCUCAUUGAUUCUAUCGUAACACGUUUCGUGCACCAACGACGUAUAAUGGGCAAGCAAUCAGAGGCAGCCGCGGCUGCUGCGGAGCAACUAAACAAGGAUUUGAUACGAGCAUCAAGAAUGUUGGAUAGAAAAUCUCCACCGCCGAAAGCGCCUGAGCGACCGCCGGGACACAUGCCAGGUAACCAACCCGUCCAUCACCCGGGCGCCCCAAAUGGCGUCCCAUUUAUGACCAAUAAUCAAAUUUUUAUGAGCCAUAUGAAUGGCCCCCGUGCGCCAGGCGGCGCGGCGUUUCCGCUGCACCCCGAGGCGGGCGGGCCAGGCCACGGCGCUCACAUGCGACCUCCGACAGGCCUGUUCCAGACGCCGCAGAAGCCGAUGCCGUCGCACUUCGGCCCGAUGAAUGGACAUUAUGAUCGGGAACAGAACAUCGACCCCAGCGAGCCUCUAAGUUUAGUCGUGACGCCAAAAAAGCCUAAGCGGCAUAAGGUGACAGACACGCGAAUUACGCCCCGCACCGUAAGCCGAAUCCUAGGAGAAGGGAUGGGACAUUCCCCUGAAAGCAAAUUCCCCGAGUCGCCUUCUCCACGUCCUUACCCUGGAGGCAUGGCGUUGCCGACGUCAGUUGCUAUACCGAAUCCGUCACUACACGAGAGUCAAGUGUUCUCGCCGUACUCGCCAUUUUUUGUGGCGGGUGGAGGUCUAGCGCGGUCACCGCCCGCGCCGGAGCGGGACUCUCCGCCGCUGCCAAACGCACCGACGAUGUUGCAUCCUCUGCUAGCAGCGGCACACCACAGCUCGCCAGACUACCUCCGACACCACCCACACCACCCGCACCACGCGCAGCACCACCCGCACCACAUGGACGCGCAGGACCACUCUGACUGCAACUCCACUGACCUGCCUUACGACGGAGUUCAGCCUACUUCUUCAACAUUAACACCGAUGCACCUACGCAAGGCAAAGCUGAUGUUCUUCUGGGUGCGGUACCCGAGUUCUGCGGUCCUCAAGAUGUACUUCCCUGACAUCAAGUUCAACAAGAACAACACAGCGCAGCUCGUCAAAUGGUUCUCAAACUUUAGAGAGUUUUACUACAUUCAAAUGGAGAAGUACGCACGUCAGGCCAUAAGCGAAGGUCUGAAGACGGCGGACGACAUCCACGUUGCUGGAGACUCCGAGCUGUACAGGGUUCUCAACCUACAUUACAACAGAAAUAACCACAUUGAAGUUCCACCAAACUUCAGAUACGUGGUCGAGCAGACUCUCCGGGAGUUCUUCCGCGCCAUACAGGGCGGGAAGGACGCUGAACAGAGCUGGAAGAAAUCCAUCUACAAAGUCAUCUCGCGACUUGACGACCCCGUGCCGGAGUACUUCAAGUCGCCAAACUUCCUUGAGCAGUUGGAAUGAGCGCGACGCGCAACGCACACUAGUUUCGGCAACAAAAUUCGAAAAUAAAAUAAACAUUGGACGAUUGUUCGCACACCAAAAUUAUACGACACUCGCAUUUAGGCCUUCAGAUUCAAAAUUAUUAAUAAAAGUUAAAUUAAAUUAUUAAAAUGGAAUUCGUACGUUGAACGUCGACAGCGUGGCGGCGGGCGGCAUGUCCCGCCACGGCCUGGGCUCUCCUAGGAAAUUCAUUAGGUUAUAUGAGUAAGAAGAAAUUUAAGUCACCUAGAAUUUUAUUUGUGCACAUAAUAUAUUUCGCUAUAUAUAAUUAUUAUUAUAUUAUUAUUAAGUAUUAUCGUAAAUGGUUUUUAUAGUUAUGUAUAUCUUAAAUCAUUUAUUGAUUUAUUCUUUAAGGAAG